UCUUCUCGUUUCUUCUUUUUAUAUGUAAUAUAUUAUCAGCUUCUCUUCCAUUCUCCGCUAAACGGUUCAGAAAGCAAAAUUGGCAGAUUUCCUUGCAACGCCCAUUUCCCCUCUGGUUUUUCUGCUGUUGAUUUCCGGUUAAGCUUGGUUUUGAAAUUGUGUAUCAAUUUAAUUGGAACCCUAACUAUUCCCAGACUUAGUGAAUUUCAUCCAAUCCCAAUGGCUUUGUGAUAGCAAAUAGCCAUAACUGUCUUCUGAGCUGCUAAGUUUCUUCUUGUUUGAGUGAUGGACUCUCUGCUUGCCAACUAUGCUUCUUCAGAUGAUGAAGAGGAAAACCAUCAUCAAAGCUCUCCCUCUGCACCCAAGCCAGCGUUAUCUUCAUCUCUUCUCUCUUCCCUCCCACAGCCUAAAUCUUCCUCUCUCUUCUCUACUCUUCCCCAACCCAAACAGCAGUCCUUUAAUCCCAUAAUUCAGCAUAAUAAUGGUAACAGUAAUAAAAAUAGCAUCAAGGAAGAUGAAGAUGCUCCAAAACCCUCUCCCAAACCCUCUUCUUCUCUUUUCUCUUCCCUCCCUAAACCUAAAACCCAAUCCCCACAAGAAGCCAUCUCAAAUCUCUCAACCUUAGGCCCCAAUCCCAAAAGGGUUGUGCAAUUCAAGCCCCCCAUUAACCCCAUUAAUCUAGAUUCCACUGAUUUUGAUGAUGAGGACGAAGGAGAAAAGGAGAAAAAACGGCGCAAGGAAUCUGAAACUUUGUCACAAUCUUUGUCUGUGAAGUCAUUCUUGUCCAGCAUCCCUGCCCCCAAGAAUUCCUCUACAUUAGGUGUUCUUCCAUCUGCAGCAGGGUCUGGAAGGAGAUCCAUCAUUGAAAAUAAAGCACCCACCUCAAGUUCAGCCAGCUUUGGGACAGAGAAUGAUCAAAUUGCUGAAAAUUAUGAGAGUUAUGGUGGUGUUUCUGGGAGCCAUGAAUUGGGUUCUGAUCAAAAUGGAGGGAAUUAUGCAAAUUAUGGGGGUUUUGCCAGUUAUGAAUCAGGAAUAAGUCAAGACAGCAGUCAAAAUAUUGUCACUGGACAUGAUGGCUCAGUGCAUGGGACUUACGAGAGUUAUGGAAGCUAUGGUAAUUAUGAUGAUUAUGAACAAUAUGGCAAUAAUUGGGGUGAUGGGACAGCAGCAGCAGCAGUGCCUGAGAGAACAGGGCCAAGUGAGAGCGCUUUGAGUGUGCCUGGGAAAAGAGGAAGGAAUGAUAUUCCAACUGAAAUUAUUGAGGUGAAGCAGGAUGAGCUGACUAAGAAUCGGCCUAGGGAGGACCAGGUCAAGUUAACUGGAAUUGCUUUUGGGCCAUCCUAUCAGCCUGCUUCUACAAAGGGAAAGCCUUCGAAACUUCAAAAGCGGAAGCAUCAGAUAGGUUCACUGUACUUUGAUAUGAAGCAGAAAGAGAUGGAAUUGUCAGAGCGGCGUGCCAAAGGUUUUCUUACCAAAGCUCAAACGCAAGCCAAGUAUGGAUGGUAAUGAUUUAUUUGAUUAUGAAACGUCAAAUUUAUAGCUGAUGAUCUGAAGAGGCCACUCCUGCGUCAUAGACAUUUUCUCAUUCCAUCAGAAUCUCCUUUUGGCCAUAAGCCAGACCACCUUCAAUGUUAUAUUUUAUUUGGUUAAUUGUUUCCUAACAGAUUAUAGUUACGAUUUGUGUUAUCAUUUUGCAAUCUAAAGAUGGCAGAAUUACCUGUCCUUCA